CUUGUACAACUGGAUCCUUGAUUUCCUCACUUGCAGAUCCCAGUUUGGAUUGGAAACGACAUCUCCACAAUCUCCAUCAGCACAGGUACACCACAAGGCAACCUCUCACUCAAUGUCAGUAAGACCAAAGAGCUAUUGACUAAAGGAGGAGAAACCAUGAGCUAGUCCUCAUCUGGGGGAAUCAGAGGUGGAGCGGAUUGGCAACACAAUUUCCUCGGUGUUCUCACUUCAGAGGGAUCUGUCCUGGGCCCACCGUGGAAGUGCAAUUAUGAAGAAUGCGCAACAGCACUUCUACUUAUGAAGAUUUGGCAUGGCAUCUAAAACUUUGACAAGUUUCUGUAGAUCUGUGUAUACUGACUGUUUGCAUCUCAGCCUGGUAUGGAAACACCAAUGCCCCUGAAUGGUAAUGUCUACAAAAAAGCAAUGGAUAUGGCUCAGUCCAUCACUGGCAAAUCUCUCCCCAUCAUCGUCUUAUUUCCUCGGGGAGGCUCUCCGGGUACAAAAUAGUUUUUGCACGGUUAAUCAAAGCAGAAAGAACGUUAGGAGGCACGAUGCUGGCUGUUGAAGUCCAAGUCUGUGUGAGUUGAUAAGAUGAUUACACACGACAUUCCUACAGAAUGGCUACAAGGUGAAAGAAAUCAAUCGGGCCACUAAGAGUCGGUGGAAAAACCAGGAAACCUAACAACGAGGAGGAAUCUGUAUUUCCACGGUUUCUGGAAGGGUCACCAGGAUCCUGAAGAAAUAUUGGAUUAAUACCAACCACAAAUCCGUAAGUCAGCUCAAAUCACAGUUUAUGUGAGUCAAAGAUGACCAGGGACUCACGUCAGCUAGUGUUUACACGAUCCCUGUGGAUGCAGAGCUGCAUUUAUCGGCCAAACAGGAUGUAAACUCCGGUAGGCAAACUGGAGUGGAUCAAAGUUGCCUCUGAGGCAGGAAAUGAUAUGUUUCAUUAUUAAUCUCUGAAAGUACUUCAUCACUCUGGAUGUCAGUGCAGCUGGGCGAUAGUUCUUGAGGCAGGUUACUACACUCUUGGAUGGAAUGGGUGUGGAGGACUGUGGUCUAGGUGUAGGUCAGUGGGACUAGGAAGAAUAACAGGACUGGAUGGGCAAAAGGGUCGGUUCCUGACCUGUCCACACCACUCGCCCUUCACCAUGGUCCUGAUUCCUGAACUCCACACGUCAUCAGCAGGACGGCAGAAAGUCAAGAUGUGUCUCACUGUGGUUGCUGAGCAGUAAACAGCGGGCUUGCCCCCUCCAGCGAGGACAACCGGCACGGCUCGGCUCGGCUCGGCCCGAACCCCGAGCCCGGGGCCCUGCCCGGCUCCGGACACCUCGGCCCAGGCCACGCCCACUCGCCGGAAAUUGUUUCCUCCCACGUAUGACGGAGCGGAAUUCGUAUUUCCGCUCAAAUGGCGUCGCAGAGGAGACGGGGUCUUCAGAAUGAGCAGCUGAGUUGGACAGAUGACCUCACAGUGUGCCACCUCUCGGGGAUCGGUUACGGCACAAAUCGCAUUUACCAGGCAGAUGGAACCAGUAUUGAGGCUCACAGCUUGGAGGAUGGUUGGCUGAGGUUUCGAGAAGAUGAGUGUUUCCUUUACGGGGUCUUCAAUGGAUAUGAUGGAAGCCGAGUCUCAAAGUUUGUGACACAGAGGCUGACGGCAGAGCUCUUGCUGGGGCAGUUGACCGAGAGUCACAAUGACGCUAACGUACGCAAGGUGCUGUUGCAGGCCUUCGAUGUGGUAGAACGCAGCUUCUUCGAAUCAAUAGAUGAUUCUCUGGCGGAAAAGGCCAACCUGCAGUCUCAGCUUCCCGAGGGUAUUCCUCACUCUCAGCUUCCACAGCAGUACCAGAAGCUCCUGGAAAAACUCAAUAAAAUCGAGCAGGAGAUUUCCGGAGGAACGACUGCCAUUGUUGCACUUAUUCUCAACAACAAGCUCUACAUCGCCAACAUAGGCACUAGCCGAGCCCUGCUGUGCAAAUCCACUGCAGACGGGCAACUCCAGGUGACUCAAGUCAGCGUUGAUCACACGACAGACAACGAGGACGAGCUCUUCCGGCUGUCGCAGCUCGGUCUGGAUGCUGCAAAAAUUAAGCAGUGUGGGUUGAUUGGAGGCCAGGACAGCAGCCGCAGGAUUGGAGAUUAUCGCAUGAAGUACUGCUACAGUGAUGUGGAAAUUCUGAGUCCUGCCAAGACGAAGCCAGUGAUCGCGGAGCCAGAAAUCCACGGUGGGCAGUCACUGGAUGGGGUGAUGGGCUUUUUGGUGCUGAUGACCGACGGACUGUACAAAGCCCUGGAGGCAGCUCACGGUCCUGGACAGGCCAAUCAGGAAAUUGCUGCCAUGGUGGCAACCGAGUUUGCACUGCAGACGAGGCUGGAUGCUGUGGCCCAGGCAGUGGUUGACCGCGUUCGAAGGAUACAUCGCGACACCUUCAUCAGUGGAGGUGAAAGGUCAAAGUUUUGUGACAGACACGAGGACAUGACCCUCCUCAUUCGAAACUUCAACUACCCUCUGGGGGAGAUGAGCCAAACGUCCACAAGCCCGACCCAAGGGGGUCGAAUCUACCCGGUCUCCGUCCCUUAUACCAGCACACAAGGAACUCUGGGGAAAACCAGCGUCACACUCUCCCUGGUGAUGCCAUCCCAGAAUCAGAUGAUGAACGGUAAUCACAGCAACUCGACAGGGGACGAGACCACACCCACACUGACAAACAGCCAAAGUCCAACGGCCACGUUGCAGUCGACCAACACGCAUACACACAGCAGUAGCUCCAGCUCGGGUGAUGGGCAGGGCCACCUGUUCCACCGGCACCGGCUCCCUCACACCCUUCAACCUGACCAAGACGGCCGCGUCGAGCCCUACGUCGACUUCUUGGAGUUCUACAGACUCUGGACUGUGGACCACAACGAGCAGACCCUUGCCGGAGUCCAGUAGGUGUCUGGCCAACACUGCCUCUGGCCACGGUUCAGCUGCUGGGAGCCUCUGGGUUGUGACAUAAAGCGAACCCUGCCUCAUCAGCUUUCCAUGAGUGACUGGAGCUGAACAUCAGCCAAAUCUUCAGGACUAAACGACAGCAGCUAACCAUGGCUGUGGUCAGGGCACCAGAGCCCUGCAGAUGGAAAGGAAUAGCUGAAUGUGUGUGCGUGCUAGGAUUGGGCCAGGUUCAUCUGUGGUGAACUUCACAACCAAAUAGUUUGCCUACUGUAUAAGCUGUGACAUGAUGAUUGGCCCAUGAGAUGCAAAGCAGCUUCCAGGGAACAGAUGGCUGAGGUCGCUUAACUUGAGAAAUCUUCUGAUGAACUCUAAGUGCUGGGUGUGUGUUCAGGAGGUGAUACAAAUUCCUGUUGUUAGAUUGAUCAUCCUAGCAAGUGUUUUUAAACUGCUGGUCUGUGCUAUCAGUGGCUGCAGUCAGCAUCCCAGCAAUGAAGCUACGAAUAAAAGGCGUCGUCCUGCCACUCAGCCAGCCUUUCCUUGUGAUCUUUAUCUGAAGGGGACGUGGCACGUGUCCACAAGCAUGUGAAUGACUGGGGGCAUGUAAACAGAAUGUUACAGUCAAUGAAUUUUUAAAAAAAUACAACCGCAGGUACUGGAAACCUAAAAUAAAGAGUUAAAAUGCUGGAAACGCUCAGCUGGUCAGGCAGCCUCUGUAGAACAAGAAGCGGUUAAGGACGCGGCCUCAAAGUUCUCCCAUUAGUCAUUUAACUAGUGAAGUGCAACCUAUCCCCACGAUAUUUCUGGCGUCGCCCUAUCACAAGUAUUUACUUUGUCUUAUCCAUCCCUUCCCCCAAUGUAAAACUUUUGUUUUUAUCCGGUUCUGACGAUUGAUUUUUGACCUGACACUUUAACCUUGUUUCCCUGUGCACAGUUGCUGCUGAGCUGUUUUCAGCAUUUUCUGCUUUCAUUUCUAA